AUGAAGAGUUUUGGCACAAUGAUAAAAUUGGAUGGUUCGAAUUGGCAAGUAUGGAAGUCUAAGAUGAAAGAUAUUUUGUAUUCUAAAGAUUUACAUGACCAUAUUGAGGGAGAUAAUGCCAAGUCAAAAAAAAUGACUGAUAAAGAAUGGGAGAAACUAUACAGGAAGGUGAUCGGUUAUAUUCGGAUGUGGAUCGAUGUUAGUAUGUUUCAUCAUGUAUCGGGUGAGACUAAUGCAAAGUCUCUUUGGAAGAAGUUUGAGGAUCUCUACGAGAAGAAGACCGCGGAAAACAAGACGUUUAUUAUGAAGCGGUUGGUGAACUUGAAAUUCAAAGAAUGA